AUGACUACAAUAUUUGCACUUAGUUCGGGAGCAUUGCCGUCCGCAAUUGCUGUUUUCCGCAUAUCAGGUAGUCGAUCGCUACCGAUACUACGUGAGAUAACUCGGAAAAAGAUUUGGGAACCGGCACGAAUGCAGUAUACGAAAAUUUUCACAAAGGAAAAAGAAGUUCUCGAUACGGCGAUGGCGGUUUAUUUGCCAGGUCCAUCAACGUUUACCGGCGAGGACACUGCUGAACUGUUCGUGCACGGUAGCCGAGCUGUAGCUGAUGCUUUGUCGAAACGAUUAAUGAGUUUUGAAGAAGUACGUCAAGCGACUCGAGGUGAAUUCACCAAGAGGGCUUUCUUCAAUGGAAAGAUGGACUUUCAUGAAGUACGUGGACUGCGCAAUUUAAUCAAUGCUGAAACUGAACGGCAACGUCAGAUGUCAUUCAGUCAGAUGCGAGGUGGAUCCGAAGCGCGUCGAACUCGGUACAUCACUUUUAGAGAGAUCCUUGUUCCGAUUUUGAAAGAGGUAAUAUUGUUGGAAAGGAGAGCCAAAGGAGCCGAAAUUGUUCAUCGUGGUUUACGGGCUGUGAUUUUUGGUCGUCCGAAUACAGGCAAAAGCAGUCUGAUGAACGCUCUUACUCAACGAGACGUGGCUAUUGUUUCUGAACAAGCAGGCACCACACGAGAUAGCAUUGAAGUGCGGCUGAAUAUCGCAGGUGUACCGAUGUCUUUAACAGAUACAGCUGGAAUUCGAGAAACUGCUGAUGCAUUGGAGAAGAAAGGAAUUGACCGAGCGAAGCAAAAUUACCAAGCACGAAUGUGUAUUCUUGUAGGUGUACAACCAUUGAUGAAUUCGCUUGAGAGAUUCGUGGGUAAUCUUUGCCCUAAUGAUAUUGGACCAUAUAUGACCGACACACAACUGUUGAGGUUUGCUCGUGGAGAACUAGAAUGCGCGCUGUCAGUUCGUGACUCGGCGCUUCUGUGCGAUCAUAUUCAACGAGCUUUGGAUAUUUUUGGUGAAAUGACCGGGUCGACUGUUAACGAACAGAUUCUUGAUGAUCUCUUUAAACAGUUUUGCAUAGGGAAAUGA